AUGGGUCUCAAGGACGUUUUGUCUCGCAAGGAGGGCGUCAUCGUUGGCGACGAUGUCCUGGCCUUGUUCAAGCAUGCCCAGGAGAACAAAUAUGCUGUCCCUGCCAUCAACGUGACCUCAUCCUCCACUGUCGUGGCCGCUCUCGAAGCUGCUCGAGAUGCAAACUCUCCAAUUAUCCUCCAGACAUCUCAAGGAGGUGCUGCCUACUUUGCCGGCAAGGGUGUCAAGAACGACAAGCAGCAAGCUUCGAUUGCCGGUGCCGUCGCCGCAGCUCACUAUAUUCGAAGUGUUGCUCCCGCCUACGGCAUUCCCGUUAUCCUGCACACCGACCACUGUGCCAAGAAGCUGCUGCCAUGGUUGGACGGCAUGCUGGACGUCGACGAGGCUUACUUCAAGCAGCACGGAGAGCCUCUGUUCUCCUCCCACAUGAUCGACUUGUCCGAAGAGGCUGUCGAUUGGAACAUCGAGACCACUGCCAAGUACCUCAAACGGGCAGCUCCCAUGAAGCAAUGGCUCGAGAUGGAAAUCGGCAUCACUGGUGGUGAGGAAGAUGGUGUCAACAACGAGGAUGUCGACAAUAACUCUUUGUACACCCAGCCCGAGGAUAUUCACCAGAUCUACACCACUCUGAAGAAGAUCUCACCAUACUUCUCCAUUGCCGCCGGCUUCGGUAACGUCCACGGUGUCUACAAGCCUGGCAAUGUUCGCCUUCACCCUGAACUGCUGGACAAGCACCAGAAAUACGUCCAGUCUAAGGAGAACACCGAAACUGACAAGCCCGUGUUCCUUGUCUUCCACGGUGGCUCUGGUUCAACCAAGAAGGAGUACACCGAUGCCAUUAGCUACGGCAUUGUCAAGGUCAACCUCGAUACCGACUUGCAAUGGGCUUACCUCACCGGUAUUCGUGACUACGUCCUCAAGAAGCAAGACUAUCUCAAGACGCAAGUCGGCAACCCAGAGGGCGAGGACAAGCCCAACAAGAAGUACUACGAUCCACGUGUGUGGGUUCGUGAGGGAGAAAAGACCAUGACCGCCCGUGUCGCCGAGGCGUUGAAGGACUUCAACACUGCCAACCAAUUGUAG